GUUCGAAGUCCUUCUGAGGGAAGCUUCACUCCUUCACUCCAGUUUCUAUUCUCCUCUAGAGCUGUACUGUAUAAAAGCAAAACAAGAUAGAUCAGAGUUAGAAGUCCUUCUGAGGGAAGCUUCACUCCUUCACUCCAGAACAAUGGCUGGAUUAUCAUCUGGAAAUAUCUGGAUUGACACAUUUCAAAGUCUGCAAAAGAAAGAUUUAGAAGAAAGAUAUAGGAAAAAGUGGAUUCUACAGUUCAACUAUAAACUGGCGGACAUUUUGACUGAAGAGCAGAGAAAGAAAGGGUGGAAGAUCUCACAAACCACAAAGUUUGCCAGUUUCACCUGCCCAAAAUGCUCUCAUUUUUGGAACUCUGGCCGAGUCACUCUUAUCUUUCACUACUGUCUCGGGAAAACCAAGAGAGGCACUGUCCUCUUACACCCCUGUGGCCAGAUGUGUCGGCAAUGCAGCAAUGAUUCCUUCAUCAAUCCCACGUUUAAAGAUGAAAAUGUUGAAGCCAUUCUGGAAAAUCUCAUUUUAAAAAUCAGAAAAAACUGUUAUCAUGAGAAGAUUGACAGCAAUAUACAAAAUAUAAAGCAACGGAUAAUAAGAACCAAACCUCAUGAGAGUGAUCUGUGUGAAGCUUGCAUGAUGGGUAUAUGCAAUAAAGACCAGGAAGUAUUUUAAAUAUAGAGAUUAUUAUAUCAAUUGGUCCAACCUGCAAAUCCCUGCACAGGUUUAAAACUGUAUAUUAAUAAAUGAAGCAUCCUAGUACUGAGUUCACGGGCUUGGAAAUCACUAAAUAAUUUUCUCCAUAAAAGGUGCCGUCCAGGAUCAUAAAAACACGGUGGCUUUAUUCCAGAAACAAUCCCACACCUUUACAUGGGGCAUAGGUGGUUUUGCAGGUGAGCUCCAUUGAUAAAUUUUUAUUCCAAUUUUAACUGUACAAAUAAAUCAGGCAAAUAAUAGCUAGAUCCUAAAACCAUUUCUCAAACUUGAGAUUUAACAGGUAAUGACAAGAACAGAAACACAGUUAAUCAAGGGGGAAAGGGCUGUAGAGGUCACUGUUAAGGGGGCGGGAGUUGUGUAGGUCACAAUUUAAGAGAACAGAGCUCUGGUGAGGUCACUGUUAAGGGGGCGGGUUAUUGUAUAAAUCACUGUUAAGGAGACAG